UCGCGCCGCGUCGCGGCGAAGGGCGGGGCAUUGGCAACGUUGCGGCGGUCUCGGUAGUGCCGAGCUGGAGCCGAAGCCCUUUCCCCUCCGCCGCUCUCCCGGGUUCGGCCCCGCGCAGCGGCCGCCCUGGGCACAGCUGCCAGCUCCGCCGCCAGCUCCGCAGAGCCGAGGAGGGCGAGCGGUUGGGGGAGGUCCGUCCGCCCGCCCGCCCGCGGCGAUGAUGAAGGGGACGGUGGGCGACCCGGUGGCCGCCGUCAUGCAGGAGAGCUUCGGCUGCGCCGUCGCCAACCGCUUCUACCAGCUCCUGGACGACGAGUCGGACCCCUUCGACAUCCUGCGCGAGGCCGAGCGCCGCCAGCAGCAGCGCAAGAAGCGCGACGAGGCGGCGGCGGCCUCGGCCCGGAGAGCCGGCCCCGGCGGCAGGGCGGGCGGAGGCAAGAGGGAGUCCCAGAAGGAGCGCAAGCAGCCCGGCAGCUCUCCCGCCCACGGCAGGCCGCCGCAGCCCGACCAGAAGCGAGCACCUAAGCGGGGAGAACAGCAAGGAUUCAAUAACAGAGGAGCAGAACUAAAACAAGACAAAACUGAAUGGAGACCGUCUUUUAGGGAAUAUCAUCCCUAUGAACCAGAGAAACAAGUGGAAUUCGGAGUAGAAAGGCCAAUUGAAAGAUUAGACUGUGAAAGGCCAAUAAGAGGUCGUGGCGGAGGAAGAGGUGGAAUGCGAGGUAGAGGAAGAGGUGGUGGAAUAAACAGAAGUUUCAAUGGCUUUGACCAAAGAGGAAAACGGGAAUUUGAAAAACAAAGUAGGAACAAUAAAAUGGGAAUGAAAGCAGAUAGCAGAAAGGGUGGAGGUGGAGCUGGCAACUGGGGAACAGUUAAAGAUGAUACAAGUGGGAUGGAACAGACUGCCCCUGUGGAAGAGACUGCAGAAACAGCUGAGCAGCCAGGGGCAUCUGAAGGAGAGCCUCUGAACAAAGUUUCUGAAGGAGAGCCAAUGGAAGAAGUAGUUCAAGAAAUGACGUUAGAUGAGUGGAAAAAUCUUCAGCAACAGAAUCGACCAAAGCCUGAAUUCAACAUCCGGAAGCCAGAAUCCACUGUUCCUUCCAAAGCAGUGGUGAUUCACAAGUCAAAAUAUAGAAAUGAUAUGCAGAAAGACUUUGAAGAUGACUCUCAUGUCUUUCGAAGACCUGUGAAUGACAUAACAUCUCAGCUGGAUAUUAAUUUUGGGAGUCUAUCUCGCCCUGGUCGUGGAUCAAGAGGUGCACGAGGUGGUCGUGGCAGACGAGUUGAGGAGACAGGGCCACGAACAGAAGUAGUGGUGCAGCUUGUUGCUCCAAAUCCUGAUGAUCCUGAGGAUUUUCCAGCUUUAUCUUGAAAAACUGUCAUGAAUGGUGGUAUCUCAAAGUAGCUUUGGUCAGUUUCGUGCUGAUGUGGAUAAAGAAAGACUGUUUCUACUGGAAAAGUUGUUUGGGUGUUUGGUGUGGAAUGAUUGCAGACCUCUGCUAAUGGAAUUGGGUUCUGAAGGUUCUGGAGGGCUGGGAUCCCAUCACAGGUUCCAGUGUCAGCCUCCCUUUGUGAAAACUGUGUGAAGGCUUGCAGUACUUCACUAUAAGGCUUCGAAUGAAUUUUAAGAGUACAGUGCUUAAACAUGUGUACAUAGAGUUUAUAUCAAGUUCUCCCUGACACUAUGGUAAAAUGUAAACUAUACAAUGUGGUCUGCAAUUGACACUGUAUUUCACUGUACAUUUGAAAGCUGCUUUCCCUGUUUCAGUGAAGCGUGUAUUUCACACAGUUACAAGUUGGAGUUCUUCAGAGUCUGUCAAAGGAAGGUCCCAAAACCAUGAACAGCAGACCUUACUCACCCAAAACAGUGAGUUACUCUAAACAGAAGUGAUCUUUAAAAUUAAUUGCUUUUUUUUUUGAUAGCUAACCAUAAGUCUUGCCUUGAUAAUGAGAUAUAAUUGGCAACAACUCAGAAGGUGCUGAAGGUGAAGUGAAGUAAGAAUUUUGAGUUAGGUGGAAAUAAACUGUUAAGGAAGCUUUUCAGUUUAGCAGGAGCAACUACCAACUAAAAUGUUUCAUGCCUUACCAAGAAGACUGUGACAUUGGGGAUGAGGUGCAAUGUCCUUUCCUUGCAGCUUUAACAUACUUCCUCACUUGAGACAGAUACCCUAACUUCUUCCCUGCCGAAGAGGACACUCAGUGCCAUUCUCGGGGAUCUGUGAGAAGGAAAUAACACCAGAAGUGAUGAGGCAAAGGAAUGAGAGAACAACCUCGCUGGACAUUUUGGAAGUAGCUGUCAGCCUCAAAGGAGUCUUCAAAUGCCUGCUUAACUUGAACUCAUUCUUUCCGUUUACUGGGCAAGCAGAUGAAUAUAAACCUUUCUUUUUUGCUGUUCUGUCUCACUUUGUUUUGUACCACUUCUAAUCAGUCUCCUUUGAAAGUAAACAGUGGAUAUGACUUGAAGAAAAAAA